UAGAUGUCGCUUCUGUAGUCACGAUGGCCACGAUUUAUAAUAUACCCUUUGUGUCAUGGCAUGGCAAUAAGCCGGGCGUGAUCAAGCGUGAUCCUAGAAAGGUUUACGUGGUAUAGAUAAUAGAUAUGUCGAGAAACGACGGUAAAAAAGAUACGUCGGCGUCAGCAUUCCGAAAAAUAGAUGUUGAUCAAUACAGUGAUAAUAAUUUUAAGGAAGAGGAUGGAGAUGCGGGUUCGACGGGACCCACUGGUCCUGAUGAAAAUGAGAUUCUGACACUUCUUAGCCAGGGUAAGAAUGCCGAAGCAUUGAUAUCAGUUUUAAAGUCAGCACCUUUAGGAUGUAAAAAUCAGCAGAUAAAGGAUAAUGCUAGAAAUUUAACACAGAAGGUUCUUCUAAGUAUAAAAUCGAAUCAAAUGGAUGAUUGUCUAGCACAAUUAGAUCGUGAUUUAAUGGACGUCUUAAUGAAAUAUAUUUAUCGAGGAUUUGAAAUUCCAACAGAAGGUAGCAGUAAUCACUUGUUAAUAUGGCACGAGAAGGUAUAUAAUAUUAGUGGAGUAGGUAGUAUCGUGCGUGCAUUUUCAGACAGUAAACGUGCUUGAAGUAUUUCGA